GACGUUAAGUUUUUGAUCGCGUGGCUGUCGAAUUCUUGGUGAAUUGGUGAAAAAUACUCGUUAAGACUUCGCAAACAUAGAGAAAAAUGUCGUCGAGUGAUAUAAAUAUGUUAGUCGAUAUGGGCUUCAGCAUAUCUAAAGCAGAAAAAGCUUUAGAAAUUACUGGAAACAAAGGUGUUGUUCCGGCAAUGGAAUGGCUCUUGGCUCAUUCAAAUGAUGCUGAACCAUCACCUGACCCACCUACUGCUGAAAGUGCAACGCUGUCUAAUCUUCAAACAUCAAUCCAUGAAGAUACUGCCGAUGCUAGUGGUCAGGUGUCUACUACUGAAGUUGCUAAAUCAAUGAAAUGUGAUAUUUGUGGAAAACUGUUUAAAUCUAACUUGGAAGUCGAAUUCCAUGCAACAAAGUCCGGACAUGAUAGAUUCUCUGAAAGCACGGAAGAAAAGAAACCUCUUACGGAAGAGGAAAAGAAGGAACAAUUACGAAUCCUAACAGAAAAGUUAAAACAGAAAAACAAGGAGCGAGAGGAGCAGGAAAAGAAAGAUGCACAAGAAAGGGAAAAGAAUAGAAUAAAAUCAGGGAAAGAGAUGGCUCAGGCUAGAAGAAAGUUAGAGGAGUUAGAAAUGAGAAAGUUGUUAGAGGAGAGGAAACGUGAAAAAGAAGAAGAGAAAUUAGCACGUCAAAAAGUUAAAGAACAAAUUGAAGCUGAUAAAGCUGCUAGACGUGCCAAAGCUAAUGCCAAAAGAGCAUUAACAGAAUCUCCACCUAUACCGUCAUCCUCUACUAGUACUUGUAGAAAGGAAUAUAAUGAUACAAGGUUGCAGAUUAGGCUUACUAAUGGACAAACAUUAACACAAAGCUUUGGAAGUAAGGAGAAGUUAUCUGCUGUGAGAUUGUUUAUAGAAAUUAAUAGAACAGAUCCAUCUGGUCCAUUUAAUUUAAUGACAGCUUUCCCAAAGAAAAUUUUCAUGGAAGAUGAUUAUGAAGCUCCGUUGGAUGCUUUAGGCCUGACACCAUCUGCAGUUUUAAUUGUUCAGAAAAAAGUAGAAUGAUCAUAAUAAAUAUCAGCUAUUACUUUCCGUGCAGUCAACCAUAUAACUUUUAAGGUACUAUACCAUUGUAAAAUAUUUUACAAAUUGUUUAUAAAAAGUCAGCAUUUCAAAACAUUCUGUAUUUGUAAUUAAUAAUGGUAAAAGAAAAAAUAUACAUUUGAAAAUAUAAUCAUGUUCCAAAUUUGUAAUUUCUGUAACAAUAUUAAAUAAAGAAUUUAGAAUAUA